GUAGCGAGUCAAUCGUACGAGCUGCGCGACGCUUCUUCGUGCAACGUGGCGCGAUGCGUCCCUCGCGUUUUCGAAUAGGGGUGGCGGAACUGUUGGCGGGACACACGAAAGGGGGAGAAAAAGGUGUAGCAGUGGAGAGAGAGGGCGAGAGAACGAAAACAGGGGCUCGUCUUUGGUCUCCUCUGUUCGAAUACCUCUUUCAAGGGAGGAGUCCUCGUCGGUGACGUCGAUGAGGAAGCGGAGGAGGAGGAGAAGAAGAAAAGGGGAGGAGAGGAAUCACGUCGUGGCGUGGGAAUCAGAAGGGAGAGACCGCCUCGCCACCCCUCUUUUUGGAUCCCUUCAGGGGGCGAGUUUUGCAACCUUCGAGACGCAGUUGCUUACCAUAGUAAUCGCCGUUGCUACUGCGUAGUCGUUCGCUGCGUGGGCUACCAGUGAUGUGCUUAGCUUUAUGAUGCUCGCGAAUUCGUAGAUGCCAUCUACAAUUGGAAACUGUAACUUUCACGAUUCGCGAAACGUGAUUUCUUCGGUUCGAAAGUACGGGAUUAUUCUUUCGGACAAUCUCCUGGUGAUUUGAGAUUUUGUGAAAGAAACGGUGAAUAGGGGAUGUUUUAACUCGGGGUGUUUUUCAUAUGACACGUCGGUGUGCUCGUUCAUAAGGUUUGAAAGUUUGUUCAAUUUACAAUGGAUAUUAGUGAACGAUCAGUGAUAGAAUUUUGGCAAUGGUGUUAGAAUGGUGGAGUUGACGUACUUCGCGGCGAGUCAAGAAAAAAGGCUCAAAGUGGACGAGGUGGGAGGCAGUACGGUGGUAGCCGAGGGUGUAGUAGGCGGCAUAAAGGGCCCAGGCGGCGGGUGCCGCGCAUCCUCGAUGACGAUGGCCGAGAGCGCCGUGGAGGACGCUGCAGCCGCGCCCCCGGGUCCGGCCAAGCCGCCACCGCCCUCCUGUACCAACAAUAACACCCUAGCGGCGACUGCGAACCGGAACCAUCGGAACCUCCGCAGAAGGAAACGACUCGACCAGGUCUUGGACAUUCUGCAACACCGGAGUUCGCCGUCGGAGGGUGAAGUAUUGAAGUUCGAGGGAAGCGUACCAGCAUCCGAAGAGGAAGAGGACGUGUUUGGUUCGCCCAGGUCGACCUCGAGAUCAGCCACGGAUCCACCGUCCGGUAUCAGUUUGCUACCCCUGAGGCUGAAGAGCGAGGAGCCCGUGACGUCUACCGAGGAAGAGUCGAACACGAACGAGACCAACACCACCGACCAACAACAGCAGAAUCAUCAUCCUCAUCAUCCGCACUAUCACUCGCAUCAUCAUCGUCACCGGCACAGGCAUCAUCACAGAAACAGCAACGCCAAUCACCUGUACGAUCAGCUUCACCCGCCUCAUCAGAGAUCCUCGGUGCCCAAAUAUGCGGGAUGCACCUGCGUUCAGUGUUCCCAAUCGACCACCCCUCCGAUGGUGCUACCCUCGCCGACAUCCCCGUUGACUCCUCUCACACCGCUCACUCCGUUAACUCCGCUCACUCUACCGCCGUUGACGCCAGGAUCCCUAUCGUCGUACAGUUUCGAGCACUACAUGCACACCAAGUACCUGCCGGAUAUCUUCAGAGGACGCAGUCACUCGGACUCGGACCUGGUGCCAGGAUGGGACCAGAAGCCGCCGCUCUCGACCUCGUCCGUAUUCUUCAACCAUCCGUUAAGGAGUGGUUUCUUGGAGAGCGAUACGACCAGUCCUCAAGAGUCGCCGUUGGAUCUUUCGAUGAAGAGUCUAAUGGCGUCGGCCGCGGCGGCAGUUUCCGGUAGACCGCCGGCUCUCCAGUUACUCCCACCGGGGAUCGUGUCGAGGGGCUCGGUGAGCGUUCCAGUAGUAAAAGGCGACGUGGCGUCGCCGACGACGAAGGAGAGCGUCGCCGUGAGGUACAACCUCGAGGUAUCUCCCGUGGUGGAGGAGAUGCCGCCCGGGGCGGACGUGGCGUACGUUUGCCCGGUCUGCGGGCAAAUGUUCAGUUUGCACGAUCGUCUCGCCAAACACAUGGCCUCGAGGCAUCGCAGACAAGGUCCUCAGGACGCGUCCGCGAAGGCGUACCUCUGCGACGUAUGCAAGAGGAGUUUCGCCAGGUCGGACAUGCUCACCAGACACAUGAGACUGCACACGGGCGUCAAACCGUACACGUGCAAGGUUUGCGGCCAGGUAUUCAGCAGGUCGGAUCACCUGAGUACUCAUCAGAGGACGCACACAGGCGAGAAACCAUACAAGUGUCCGCAAUGCGCGUACGCCGCCUGUCGCAGAGACAUGAUCACCAGGCACUUGAGGACCCACGCCAGAUUUCCCGACGUUCAAACGCCUAAGAGCGAACCUGGCCUUCUUGCUGGCGAGGAUAGCCCCACGUUUGCGCAAGAACUAGCCUCCCCUUCGGCAACGAUCAAGGCCGAAUGACGACGACCAGGUGGAUGACCGCCGCGUUUCCCGCCCGUGAUUCCAAACGGAUUUCGAGAAGGUGAGCGACCUGCUUCGACGAACGGUUUCGGCGCCGAAGUUGCAAGGUCUCGACAGAGACGAUGACAAGACACGAGGAUCGCAGAGGACAACGACGGAAGGCAAGAUCGAUUCGUCUGGGUGGAAUUGGCCCAACGAUCAACGAGACUCUACGAUUCGGUUAGAAUUAAGGAAAUUUUUCGUUGUUUAGGAAUUUUGCUAUUUUCCUAACAUUUCGCAUAAAAUCGUCGUUAUUGUGUAACGAAAUACACAGCGUUAUCGGUCUUGAAAUUUUACGCGUUUUUUAACAGUAUUAUAUGAUAUUCGUCUUCCCCGUUGUUUCUCCUAGAAACUCGUGCGACGUUCAUCUUCCGGAGUCCUUUGUUGUUCAUCGAAGACUUGGCUGUUCGGAGAUCAUUUCGGAAAUGACUGUCGCCUCGCGUGAAAUAUUCGUUUUGUAUCUGGAAAUUUAACAGACUGUCAAAUGAUUCUUCUAUUCGCGUAAAAUAGAUCGAUUCUUUUCCAUAUUGCAAACUCUUUUUAUUUAUUUCCUAUUUUCUGUUGAUCCGCGAGAGUAUCGUUCAUGGUUGGAAUUUCUCCGAACAACCGAUCACUGUUAAACGAUGGUUAGUCUCUCUCAGUCGAUAUUCUUGCGUACGAAACGGAAACGAUUUGAAAGCAUUCCCGCGGGAAUUGCGUGUUUGCUGACGCAUAUCCGCGCUUCGAAGAUUCGAAAUUCGAAACAUGACGCGCGAAAGCUUCAUAGCUUGUUCAAGAUACUCGCGAUCUUCUUGCGAUGUCAAUCUUCCAUCGAAGUGUAUCGUUGUUUCGCGAGAUACUCGUUCGUCGACCUCGUCUCGCGAGGAAGGAGACGAAAAGAGGAGAAACAUGUGCCAAAUUUUCACGGUCGACCCGUUGUUAAGCCUCGUUCACAUGGUUACAUAUCGGUCGAGUUGAGUACGUUGAAGAAAAGAUCGUUGGUGAUGUUCGUUAUCUUUAUAGGAAAGGAACACUUGUCUCUUUCUGAAUCUGGUACCAUAAUCAUUUCAUGCUCGUUUCCCUUUUAGUUGGACUAUAAAUUAAUUAUUUAAACUGUCGAUUAUUUUAAACUAUUUUUUCAUAAAAUGGUUUUAAAAUAAAACUAAGUGGGUCGUAACGAUUCUUUCAGAAGUCCAACGCGCAUGAAAAUAGAUUCGACGUUUCAAGGAAAGCUGGUGAAAGUAAUAUUUAUUCGUCAACAACGAUCUUUCCAAAACUCAAACGUUGUUACUCAAAAACGAAAUCCUCAAUGAGACUAUCGUUUGGUUGUUGAGAAAAGAACUGUUAGCUAUUAUAACGACUAUUAAAACAGGAAAGAGAGAGAGAGGGAGAGAGUAUGUGUGUGUGUGUGCGUGUUGCUUUAUUGGGUGUUCUGAACUUCCUGUCGACAGCGUCGUGUUAUAUAUUUAUCGAAAAUUCGUUUGUUACUCGCGAAAACAGCGUGAAAAGGAAAGGCAGUCGAGCGCUUUUGGAGGCUGCCUUUCGAGAAGAUUUUAGUCUCGAGAAGAGAGAAGGGACGCAGAUGGAUCCGCGAGACGCGACGAUUUUCCUUCGUGUGCAAAGGAAAAUGGAAGAAACGAAAUAAAAACUAAGAGAAAGAAAACGAACGUAACCGUACCUGCAGAAAGAAAGAAACUUAAAGCAUAAUAAAAGCGUUUAGAUGUAACGUUAAUUAGUGGGUAACGUUAAUAUUAUUAUUGCGUUUUAUUAUUAUUAUUAUAAUAAUUAUUAUUAUUAUUGAUAUGGAUAUUAUUAUUAUUAUUAUUAUUAUUAUUAUUAUUAUUAUUAUUAUAAUUAUUAUUAUUAUUAUUAUUAUUAUUAUUAUUAAUGUUAUUAUUAUUAUUAACAUCAUUCUCAUAUUAUAAACUGUUCGGAGUGAGAAUGUUGCGAAAAACGUGCGUAAGAAAGAGAGGAAGUUAUUUUUUUAUACGAGGAAACUUUGCGAAAGGGUCGCGAGAGAGGUAAAGGAAAAGGAACACCGAGCGCGGGCUACGAGUUAUCUAACUGUAAAUUUAUUUAGUAUCGAAAUUUGCAAAAAUUCAAGAACGAACUUAAAAGGUAUAUUCUCCUGUUUAAGGGAAGGACUAGUCCCCUGUCGGAGUUCUCUUCCAAAGUGGCGCUCUCUCGCGAAGCAGGUGGGCGAAACGCCUUUAACUAUUUCGCGUUUCCGGUCCACGGUGACCAAUUCAUUAACUAGUGUAUUUCGUCGAAACGCGGUCUGAAUUCGACCGUUCGGGAUUUUGCGGCGCAGACGAUCCCUCGAAAAAAAUACUCACUGGUACGACUGGCGGAUUGCGUUCUCGCGAUCGCGACAAAGAUGACAAACGUGUACUCGACUAUCGAACCCUUUGUCGACAGACGCUUUAAUUGAAAGUUUGUUAGAAUUUCCGAAAAAAGAACAUUUCUAUUAAAAUUGAAAAGAAAUACGCGGCAAUCGGAAAUAAUUAAAGAAUUAAAAUCACAAAACGAGUCGUAAAUAAUCUUGUCGCGAAUAUCAAAUGUGAUAGAGAUGUGUCGAAAAAGCGUCGACGACACAGUGUGUUCGCGUAUAACGUAUCAUCGGAGACUACACGCGGUGUCAGCUAUAUACUUCAACCUUGCUCAACCUCGACCGUUUCGCCUUUUUCCUUGCCAUAACUCGGCCGCUGUCCAGUGUGUCUCCCGUUCGUGACCACAGUAAAACGGGCAGUGACGAAUAUCGCGAGUCACGCCCUGUGUAAACACGCACGAUGCUCAUCCGUAUUAACACACGCGACCACACAUGAUAUUGCAUAGAUAUGUAUAUAUAUAUAUAUACAUAUACACGCUCAUAGACACAGAGACAGAAUACAAUAUUGUACAUCCAUAGACGCGUUGUUUAGGAAAUACACGGUGGUAAGGUGCGCGUAGUUGAAAGACGCGCGCACGCGCAGGUACGUAUAGCUGUAUUUUUGUAUACCGAUGUUUUUUCUAAUUAGUCUACCGUUUUAAGCGUUUCGAGAAGGAACGGAACGUGUAAUUAGCCGUUAAGGGGAAACUGUCGCUCUCUGCUUGCCAUUUUAACUUGCCUCUGUCGAUCGAACGAUUACUCGGAAGGUGGCUUGUCGGAGUGACAAGAGAAGGAUACACGAGGGAGAGACCUCGAGGCGGAAGGUUUCGUUUGAUGGGCCUCGACGUUUUCUUCGCAGAGAUUGUUCGUAUUUCGAAACAUUGAAAUUACGACGUUUUGUAAAUUCAGAAACUUAUGUUUUGAUAUCGUGAGAAAUUGUGCAGUUUGUUUUUGUUAUUUUUUAUUUCCUAUUUUUCUUUUUUUUUUUUUAAUGCUAUUUUGUCGUUUUUUUUCCAUAAUUACUUUCUUUACUUUUCUUUUUUUUCGAUAUGAAAUCACAAGGAUAAAUUUGGAUGACAUAAAUUGGAACGAAAUGGUUGUCCGAUCUGUUAAAUUUUCGUUGUGUCGAAACUUCCGAUUCGAUAUCUGACCUUCGCGCGAUUCAGCCUUAAACCUGAGAGAAUCUCUCGCGCAACGAGCCCUUUUUCGCUUGAUGAGACGUAUGUAGAUUGAAACGAAACGAUAUAGAAGGGACAUAAUUGUAUAGUAAAAGAAAGACAAAAGAAUAAAAAAGAUGCGACACGUUCGUCGUGUCUGCAGGCAAUUAAGCGAUCGCCGUGCCAGACAACCUGUUCUUGUAAUUAUUAACACUCAUUUAGCCAUUCGUAUGAUUAUAAUUAUUUCUAUUAUUAUUAUUAUUAUUAUUAAUUAUUAUUAUAUUAUUAUUAUUAAUUAUUAUUAAUUAUUAUGCCUAGUUACGUUGUUAAGUGAUUAAUCAUGUUUAAUGCUUCUAUUAUUUAUUUUGUUAUCCUAUUCGCAAAUCAAGCUUCCUAUUUUUCGUCCUAUUCUUACAUUCUUCCUACCCUUUUUCCCUUGUUUCUCGUUUCAUCGAAAAAUCCUGUCCGAUUCUCGUUGUUUUCAGGGCGAAGAAGAGCGCUCGGUUUCAAUUACAAACAUCCGUCGCAUUUAUAAGCUCGUAUUCCAGCUUCUUCUCCGCCCUUCCGCGUCAUUUCCUUUUCUGCACAUUCUGCGCAAAAGAAGUAAAUGGCAAGGAACGACCAGAACGGUCUUUCCCGCGAUGAUUUUUACGGUUCCGUGACAUUCUGUUUACGUUUUGUAUAACGACGAACAAGAGAUUCGACAAAAGAAAAAGGAACAAAAAAAAAAGGAUAAAAAUAAAGCGCUCACAAGGGUUUCUGUAAAUUAUUGCCGACGACGAUUGUGUAUGUUAAUUUAUAAAUUAUGUUGUGUUUACGAAUCGUGCCAGAAUGGAAAAAAAAUAUAAUUUUUCAACGAACUGCCACGCGCGUUUUCAUUCAGUCUAUCACGAAUCAUUCCAAUGUAUUCCCCAAUUUUUCCUUCUUUAUUUUCAUCUCUCUUUUUUUUAUCUUAGGUCUUUCCAUUCGAUUCUUUUUUUUUUUAUUUAUUUUCCUUUUAUUCGUGGGUUUAUUUAAUCCGAAAAUUAUCACGAAAACGGUGCCGUGCCUUCAUCGUUGUAGCGUUUCGAAGGAGAUUGAGGUGUCGCCGAGCUUCGUCGAAUCAUAGAAUACAUAUCAUCUUUUAAGGCUGAAGAUACACGGUAAAAACGUACGUAGAAGAUGAAAUAUUUUUUCAUGGUCGGUGAAAUAAUACAGGAAAAACUUAGCAACUGUAUCUGUCUAUCACUUGCGUACGAUCAGUAACGCAAAACGCAAAAACGAAUCGACGAUUGCAUGUCUUCACGGCCUUUUUUUAAAGGAAAGGGCUCGAACGGAUUUUGCGAUAUUCCCUUUGUACCCGUUUCUACGAUCACGAGUCGAUAAUCCUUGUAUCUGUACAUCGAACAACAAACUGAAUCUGUAUGUUGCUGCACUCUUACGAUGAAAAUAUAUAUACACGUUAAUUGUUUCUA